CUUCCUUCUCCAGAUCCUCUCUCCAACCCACUUACCUCCCGGACUUUCUCCCCAGCCUCGUCGCCAAUCCACCAUGGUUGCCCGUCCGGCCCUCCGAAGGGCGAUUCCCUCGUCGCGAACGCUCUUACACGCCGAAUCCCGGAUAUUACGGUCGUCCUUCUCGACAACCCUCCAGUCGCAACAAAAGCCCAACAACAAUAACAACUCAGUACCCGAAUAUGCCAUCCCCGAUCCUGCGCGUCCUACCCACUUCGGCUUCGAGACCGUCACCGAGGCCGAGAAGAGAGAGCGCGUUGCUGGUGUUUUCACCAGCGUUGCCGAGUCGUAUGAUCGCAUGAAUGAUCUCAUGUCUUUUGGCUGGCAUCGCGUAUGGAAGGACCACUUCGUCGCCUCCCUCAACCCCGGCUUCUCCCCCCUCACUUCCUCCUCCGACCCCCGCGCCCCUCAACACAUCCUCGACAUAGCCGGCGGCACCGGCGACAUCGCCUUCCGGAUGCUGCACACGGCGCACAUCCUCAACGGCAACCCCGACGUGCGCGUGACCAUCUCCGACAUCAACCCCGCCAUGCUCUCCGUCGGCAAACAGCGCUCCACCUCCCUGCCCGCCAGCCAACAAGCCGCCCUCUCCUUCCUCGAAGCCAACGCUGAAGACUUGACCCAAACCAAACCCCUGGGCGCCAACCAGGUCGGCUACUCCCCCACCACGGGAGUCCCCGAUGAGUCUGUCGACCUGUACACCGUCGCUUUCGGCAUCAGGAACUUUAGCAACAUCCCCGCCGCCUUGCGCGAGGCUUAUCGCGUGCUCAAGCCCGGUGGUGUCUUUGCUUGUUUGGAGUUUAGCAAGGCCGAUAAGCACCCGCUUUUCAACACCAUUUACAAGCAGUGGAGCUUUAGCGCGAUCCCGCUCAUCGGACAGUUGGUCGCGGGGGAUAGGGAUAGUUAUCAGUAUCUGGUGGAAUCGAUCGAAAGGUUCCCGAGCCAGGAGGACUUUAGGGAUAUGAUUGUUGAUGCGGGUUUCGUGGUUGGUGGACAGGGGUAUGAGGAUUUGACGGGUGGUGUGGCAGCGAUUCACAAGGGCAUGAAGCCUAGGCGGAAGUAAAGGGGGAAGUAAGAAAGAGGGUGGUGGAGUGAGGUUUGAGAGAUGGAAGAUAGAAGGAAAGAGAAAAGGUUAGUUGGUGGUGUUGGUGGCCUUUUGCACGAAGAGGUGAAACACCGGGACGAUCGGGUGCAGUGGUUGAUAGCAAAGCCCAAGCAAGCGGUCAGAGGGGGGAGAAGAGAAUGAAAGAAGAAGAAGAAGAAAAACAAAACAAAAGCUGAUACCCCCUUAAAGAGAACAGGGGGCAGCGAUGUACUUUUAUUUGUACAUAUUAGACGAUGGUUCCCGGCCACCUCUACUAUCUUACCACUCAACCCACACAUACUUGUACAAUUAUCAAAGGCAACGGGAGUCUGAAGACGGUUGGGAAAGACUUUAUAUCUAGACCUAGAUCUAGUAGACAGGGCGGAGAGGCAAGAAAAGGGGAAACAAUGAAAUCUUUAAGCUCCGAGUUUGGAGCUCCGAGUAA